AUGAAAGCACCGGAAGGGAUUACUCAUAUUUGGGGUGGUGGAAUGUUUAGAUUCAAAGAUUCACUGAAAAACAAGUUCAGCCUCACAGUAGACUCCUCCAGCAAUACUGUGACUUUAACAGGACAGAGUCUGCAGACUGAAGACACAGCUGUGUAUUAUUGUGCUCACCUCCACAGUGAUACAAACCAGCACAGGACCUGUACUAAAACUCCAUCACACUCAUAUGAAUAGAAAAGUAGCUGAACACUAAACAGGUGUAUAUACAGUAUAUAUAAGAAAUAUCAAUUAAAACACAUACUUUGUAGGCUACAUGAAAACAGUAUUACUACAAUUCCAUAACAGUGAUAUUCCGUCCAUCAAAUCUGCUAAAAAAUGUAUUAUAAACAUUCAUAUUCAAAUCAAAGUAUGAUUAGCAUCAUGCACCCCUUUUCAUUUGUUUGGUGAAUUCUGUCUCUAUGUGGAGAGUAAUCACCCCUCCUUCAGGCCACUAGAGGGCGAGCUAGGCUAAGGUGAACUGAAUGGUUUUUAUAGUAAGGUAUCAUUAUAAUAAUAAUAAUAUGUCAUUUAGCAGACACUUUUAUCCAAAGCGACUUAAAGUCAUGCAUGCAUACAUUUUUGUGUAUGGGUGGUCCCGGGGAUCGUACCCACUACCUUGGCGUUACAAGCGCCGUGCUCUACCAGCUGAGCUACAGAGGACCACUACUGUUAUUCAUUCUCCUUAUUCAAAUGUAAAUUAACUCACUGUCUCGACAAGUGAAGUUUUCAGGUAAAAUGAACCUGUUUCCCAUCUCUGACUCUCCAUGUGAUCUUCCCACCCUGUGAGGAGGAGUCAAUGCAAAACUCUGACCUCUUCCAUCACUACUUAUCUCUACGUCUCACGUUUUCUGGUCUUUCUAGUCUAACCAUUUUGUAACGUGUAGCUUCAGCUUCACGCUUCUUGGUCUUGUAGAGUGUCAACCAUUUUUAAGCCGUGGGGCUUACUGGUCUGGUAGAAAUUCAACCAUUUGCAACGUUUGACUCACGCUUCACGUCUGCUGGUCUAAAGGUUGAUUUGUUUUUCAAGGCUUUUUAUGCACUCGUGGUAAAAGGGUCGUUAAAUUAUGUUUACACAAUCUCUGAUGUCACUCGGGGCGUGGCUAGUCACUGUGCAUAGUUUAUAUGAAAAACUAUUAUCUCAUCAUAAGACUAAAAUCACAAUCCUAUCUUCACCAAAAUACUCUCAUACUUAAUCAUAUAUUUUAUACAACAUUUAGAUGUAAACUUUCCGAGUUACAGUUAUUACUUGAUACCAUCCUUAUUGACAUCACAAAAUAAUAAACAAUAUGACAUGAUUAUUCUUUAGAUCCCCACUGACCAUUUCCCACAUUCUUUUAAGUAGGAAUAUUGUUUAAUUAUCCACUUGGUGCCUUAUUGCUAUUAUAAUCUGUUUACCAACGUAAACAUUUAUGUUUUGUCAUACCCAUGGUAUGCGGUCUGGUAUACCACAGCUGUCAGCCAAUCAGCAUUCAGGACUUAAACCACCCAUUUAAAAUAUAUAAUACUUUACAAAACAGUUAACUGAUGGUGAAAAAUAUUAAAAAAUAUUUGAACAAAUGAUAUAUAUUUGUAUUUUCACCUAUCCACAUACCAUCUGAAUGUGUUGCUAUCCUCAUAGAGCAGGUGUGUGGUACUGGUGGGAGGUUUUUGUUAUGGUGUGUAUCACUGUGACUAUACAGUUACGGUUGGGAUCUAUUGGAGGGUCACAGUGAUAUUACGCCGUACAAAAACCCUUUGCUCCUGUAUGGACACAUCAACACUGAACAGGUCAAAUAAACACCCCCCACGACAAUGGUACCAAUAUAAACCUACUGAAACUUCAAUAUAAACAUGAUUUUGUCCAUAGCCAUGUUAUUGGAUUUUAUACUGCAACAUAAAUACAUACAUUUGCAAACAACAGUCACAAACUGACAAUGGCACAAACAUUGAAGAUUAAUAUACCAACUCAUAGAGAAUAUAAUACUGGUACGAAUCUGUAGUAAUGCUACAAUGUAUAGUUUUAGCCAUGGUUUUAUGUUUCUUAUACCUGACUGAGAGCAGACAGAGUCAUAUGGAAUCCCUAUGGAGAUGUGAAGGAGGUGUUAUUGUGCUGGGGUAUAUCUAAAAAUGUUACAUUUGUGAUUUUUCAUCAGAAAUGAUUACUUAUGGGUACCUUCAUGUGUGUGCAAAAUAUUACUGUUCUCAGAUUUUUUAUUCAUAGAUUUGAGAUGUGUAUAAAUAUAUAUAUUUUUGCAAAACACUAUAUAUCCAAUGUUUAGCUGGAAUGACAUUUUAGUAUCCUAUAUAUUUGACUGUGAUAUGUGGUUGUCUCACCUAGCUAUCUUAUGAUGAAUGCACAUACUGUAAAUCGCUCGGGAUUAGUGUAAAUGUUUUACAUACUGAUCUCAAAUUACUGUAUUGAAUUAUAAAAAUAAAAAUAUACAUUUUUAAAAUAUGAAUGUCAGAAAUGUAUAAUUUGUACAGUUCUUUAUUACAAAUUACUUAUUUAUUUCUGAGUGAGGCAGAUAUAUAUCAUUUUGCAAAAAAAACAUGAUCAUUUGUAUCUCUGAAAUGAAACCAUCAAGUGAUAGAUUUUAAACAAAUACAUGUAAAGUGCAUUCGGAAAGUAUUCAGUCCCCUUCCCUUUUUUCCACAAUUUGUUACGUUACAGCCUUAUUCUAAAAUGGAAACAAUUAUUAUUUACCCAUGUGAGAAUGGUGCCAGCACAAUACACAGUAAUGUAAAUGUAUUUCCACAUCAAGAUAUUCAGACUAAUAAUCAGUCACAUAAACGGUCAAAUUAUAAUUUGUAAGUUAACCUUACAAAAAACGUUAAAACCAUACAUCAUUAAAAGUUUUAAUGAAAUGUAAACCCAAACAAAAUGUAGAACUUUUGUUCCCAUGUUGCUGAUCUUCAACAUAUCAUACUAAAGCCAUUAUAUAUAGUCAACACAUCAUACUAAAGCAAUUAUAUAUAGUCAAGACAUCAUACUAAAGCCAUUAUAUAUAGUCAACACAUCAUGCUAAAGCCAUUAUAUAUAGUCAACACAUCAUACAAAAACCAUUAUAUAUAGUCAACACAUCAUACUAAAGCCAUUAUAUAUAGUCAACACGUCUCAUCAGUAAAAUCUGAACUACAGAGAGUAGAAUAAAGGACAGGGAGAAGAGAAUCAAGGAAUAGAAUAGAAGAUCUCUCCCUGUCAGGAUAUUUAAACCUCUAGAGGGCGGUCUAUGCAAAGUCUCCCUCCCCUUCAUCCCUUUAUAAUCAGACACUCAGCUCUGACCUUCUCAUUAUAGACAGCUUGGACUGAUAUUACAACAUUACAAGUCCUGUACUAACUAAUACUGAACAAUGGAACUGAAGCCUGUCUGGAGUUUAGUUGUCAUGGUGAUGUCCAUACACAGUAAGUAAAGCAUUACAUGGUGACUGAAGAAAUGUCUGAGUAUCAUGGUCAACUCUAAAUCAAUUUAAAUACCACAUCUUCAAUUGUGUCAAUGUUUAUUUUUUUUUGCAGGUGUUUGUUGUGAUAUCAGACUGGAUCAGACACCUUCGCAGGUGAAAAUACCUGGACACUCUGUUAAAGUGUCCUGUACAAUCUCUGGUUAUUCAAUGACUAGCAGUAACAUUCACUGGAUAAGGCAGAAACCAGGGAACGGACUUGAGUGGAUUGGGAGAAUGAACACUGGUUCAGGCACAGAUGUUAUCUAUGCGGACUCCCUGAAAGGCCAGUUUAUCCUGACUGAGGACGUCUCCACAAGCACACAGUUCUUAGAGGCCAAGAGUCUGAGAUCAGAGGACUCUGCUGUUUAUUAUUGUGCUCGACAGACACACUGA